AUGGGCGAUCUGCAGACUUUGCGGAAGAAGCAGGAGAUCCUGCUGAAUAAACUGGAGGUGCUGAAUCAGUUCGUCGAGCACUACAAGGCGGAAGAACACGAGUGCCAGCUGGAAGUUCGACUCGGAAUGCUGAACGACGUGUACCUGGAGUUUACGAACCUACGGACGAAGCUGGAGUUGCUGCUGGAAGAAAAGGAUGCGGCCAAGUACGCGGAUGCGGAGCCGAAGGUCAAGCAGGAGGUCGUGUCACAUCGUGAAGAGGCCAAUCUACAGGUGGUGCAGGAGUUCGACAACAAAUUCUGCAAGGUCAAGGCGAUGCUGAUUGCGAAGCGGCCGGUUAAGGACGUCGCGCAGACAGCUCCAAGUGUUGGUGAUGCGGAUACCUCGUUUCCGUUGCGCGUCAAGCUGCCUGACAUUCAUCUGCCGAACUUCAGCGGAAAUCUGCGCGAGUGGGUGACCUUCCGUGACACCUUCAAGAGUCUCAUCCACCGGAACUCGAAGCUGACAUCGAUGGACAAGUUCACCUAUCUCCAAUCGUCUCUUUCUGGUCCUGCGUUGUUGGAGAUCAGUGGCAUCGACCUGUCGGAAGAAAACUACUCCGUCGCGUGGAACGCGCUGGAGGAGGAGUACGGAAACAAGAAGCUGAUCGUGAAAGCCCACCUCGAUGUCAUUCUGGAUCUGGAACCGCUGACCAAGGAGUCGUACGACGGUCUCAGCCACCUGCUCGGUGAGUUUGAGAAAAAUCUGCAGAUGUUGGACAAGAUGGGCGAAAAGACUGCUGACUGGAGUACGGUUAUGGCGCACGUCCUGUGCUCAAAGCUGGACUCGGCCACGCUUAGGAAUUGGGAGACCCACCACAACAGCAAGGAUGUCCCAACCUACAAGGCUCUACUGGAGUACUUGCGCGCCCACUGUUCGGUUCUUCAGUCGAUCCAACGAGCGAAAGCGAAACCGUCGGAACAGCGCCCUCCGAAGGCAGCGGUCUGUCAUACUGCUGUGCGGAGCAGCAACCAGUGUCACUUUUGCAGCGGCCCGUGGCACACCCCGUUCCGGUGCUUCAAGUUCCAGAAGAUGACGAUCUCGGAGCGCAACGACGCUGUUUCGAGGAACAAGUUGUGCAGAAACUGCCUGAAGCCUGGACAUUACCCGCGGACGUGCGAAGGAGGAACUUGCCACCACUGUCACCAGAAACAUCACUCGAUGCUGCACAACGAUCAGAUGAGAUCCUCCGUUCCACAACAGCAGUCGAGACCGACCGCGACGACCUCAGUACAGCGACAACAACCCAGACCACAGAACACAAAUCAGACAACACACACUCCAGCCAACAAUGCACCUGCUAAUCCGACUAACCUACAGACUACAGACUCUCAAACCACACAGCCACAAACCACUAGUCAAAACUACGUUGCACUACCCGUCACGCCUACACACAACAUCAUCCUGUCAACCGCGCUCAUCCGCAUUAAAGACCGCUUUGGAAACACGCUGCUAGCGCGUGCGCUUCUUGACUCGUGCUCACAGCACUGUCUGAUGACCAGAGAGUUCUCGCGAAGACUCAAAUUCGAGCGACAAUCGUCGUAUUUGCCGAUCCAAGGGAUCGGAACUUCCCGUUGUGUGUCGACGCAGCUCGUGCGUGCAGAUGUCGGUCCGCGUUCCGAUCAGAUUUCAGCGUACGAGUCGGAGAUGCAGUUCCACGUCCUGCCCAAGCUCAACAUUUCGUUGCCGACGUCGUACAUCGACCCGGCUACAAUUCAGCUGCCCGACUGGAUGUUCCUGGCUGAUCCGGAGUUCCACAAAACCGGUCCAGUGGACGUCAUUAUUGGUGCCGAAUUCUACAUGGACUUGCUGACGGACGAACGGGUGAAACCAGUUGCAGACGGCCCCACGCUGCACAACACGGUGUUUGGUUGGAUCAUUUCCGGCCGGCUUCCCGGCAGCGUUCCAGAAUCGACGUCUCUCGUAUCCGUCGCGGCAAUCGACGAGCUGCUGACCAGAUUUUGGGAACUGGAAACGUGCCGCACCAAGAGCACGCACUCGAUCGAAGAAUCCACGUGCGAGCAGCUGUUCGAGGAGACGACGGUUCGUGACGAAACUGGCAGAUUUGUUGUGACGCUGCCCAAGAAGAAGUACGCUGUCCAGCGUCUCGGUGAGUCCAGAUCAACAGCCAUCAAACGCUUCCUGGGACUGGAGAACGGGAGAGCCGCGGGAGAGUUAGCGUAUUACCUGCCACACCACUGCGUCUUGAGGCCGGACAGCACCACUACGAAGCUCCGCGUGGUGUUUGAUGCUUCGUGUCGCACGUCUACCGGAGUUGCUCUGAACGAUGCGCUCAUGGUGGGACCAGUUGUGCAGGACGAUUUACUGGACAUUGCGCUACGCUUUCGACUCCACGCUGUUGCCAUCGUCGCUGACAUCGCCAAGAUGUACCGUAUGAUUCGCGUCCAGCCUGACGACCAGAGACUGCAGAGAAUCGUUUGGAGAGACAAUGCUGACGAACCCAUCCGAAUCUACGAGCUGACAACUGUCACGUACGGAACGGCGUCUGCGCCGUAUUUAGCGACCAAGUGCUUGCAAAAACUCGGUGAGAUCGGAGAAAAGACGCACCCAUCCGCUGCCAAGGUCCUCAAACGAGACUUCUACGUUGACGACAUGCUGGCAGGUGCGCACACGGUCGCAGAAGGAAAAGAGCUAGUCGCCGAAAUGGUCGAUCUGAUGGAAUCUGGCGGAUUCUCGUUGCGAAAGUGGCAUUCAAACUCCCGAGACAUCCUGCUCGACGUCCCGGAACAUCUUCGCGACGAACGGUCUCUGCUUGAACUGGACACGUCUGACGCAACCGUCAAGACGCUCGGGCUCGUCUGGGAGCCCAGUACGGACUGUUUCCGUUUCAGAUCGCCAAAGUGGAACGACGUUGCCGUGAUCACGAAGCGUGUCGUGGCCUCAGACAUGGCCAUGAUCUUCGACCCGUACGGGCUGAUCGGUCCUGUCGUCGUCCAAGCGAAAAUCUUCGUGCAGAAGCUGUGGCGCAUGGAACUGGAUUGGGACGCCGCUCUGCCAGAAGAUCUGCAGGAGUACUGGCGAGAAUACCGCAGAAAUCUAGCCGGUCUAGACAGCAUGUCGAUACCCCGCUGGAUUGGCACAGGUGCAGAUGACCAGAAUGUGCAGCUUCACGGGUUCUGCGACGCUUCAGUCAACGCUUACGGGGCGUGCAUCUAUAUCCGAACCGUUUCGGCCAAUGGCGACGUCACCGUCCGCUUGCUGGCCUCGAAAUCCCGCAUCGCACCGCUCGAGAACCUGAAGAAGAAGAAGCGUAAGCAGUCGAUUCCCCGCCUGGAGCUGGCGUCCGCUCUGCUGCUGGCGCAUCUGUACGAGAAGGUGGCCAACGCCAUCAACUUCCGAGGCAAAGCGUUCUUCUGGACGGAUUCCAUGAUCGUACGCUGCUGGCUUGCGUCACUGCCAUCUAGAUGGAACCAGUUCGUGGCCAACCGUGUGUCCGAGAUUCAACAUCUGACGGAGAGCGGAUCUUGGGACCAUGUGCCCGGAAUAGAGAACCCAGCUGACAUCAUUUCUCGCGGCAUGACGCCGAUGCAGCUGCAGUACUCAAAGCUUUGGUUCAGCGGACCCGAUUGGCUGAGUCUCGACCACCAGCACUGGCCGCACGCUCAAGUGCCGAACGCAGCAGACUUCGACCACGAAGAACUGGAGGAACACAACGCUGUCGCUGCAGUUGCACAUGACGCCGAGCCUUGUAGACUGUUCACAGCGAAUUCGUCGUACACCGUGACAAUACGGACGACCGCUGUAAUCUGCCGCUUCUGUUUCAACAGCCGUGCGGCGAACAAGCACUGUCGCAGAGUUGGUCCGUUGACGGCUGAAGAGCUCGAGGUCGCUUUGAAGAAGCUGGUGCGCCUCGCUCAACGAGAAUGCUUCCCGGAAGAGUAUGAUGCUUUGUCCAGAGAUCGCGCGAUUCCAAACAACUCCCGCAUCGCUGCGCUGAACCCAAGAAUCAUCGAUGGAAUCCUGUGCGUCGGCGGCCGGUUGCAGCACGCCGCAGUCUCGGACAAUCGGAAGCAUCCGUACAUUCUCGACCAUCGUCAUCCGUUCACGAAGCUUAUCGUCACACACUAUCACGAGGCCAUGUUUCACGCUGGACAACAACUGUUGAUCUCUGCUGUGCGUGAGCGGUUCUGGCCGAUCAACAUCCGCAAUCUCGUUCGCGAGGUGAUCCACAAGUGUGUCGAUUGCUUCCGUGUCAAGCCGAAGGUUCUGGACCAGCUCAUGGCGGAUCUGCCGCCCGAACGAGUCACACCGUGCACACCGUUCGCACGAGUCGGAGUUGACUACUGCGGACCUUUUCAGUUCGCGUACCCGCAGCGCCGAGCUCGCCCAGUGAAGUGCUUCGUUGCCAUCUUCGUCUGCCUGGUCACCAAGGCCGUUCACCUAGAACUAGCAGCAGACCUAACGACGCAGGCUUUUCUGGCGGCCCUCAAACGGUUCACUGCCCGGCGUGGCAAACCGAAGCUGGUCAUGUGCGACAACGCCAAGAACUUCGUCGGCGCAAGACGUGAGCUGAGCGAACUCGCCAAGCUGUUCAUAAGUCAGCAGUUCGAAGAGGAGAUUAUACGCGAAACAGCGAACGACAACAUCGAGUUCAAGUUCAUUCCCGCUCGCUCGCCGAACUUCGGCGGCCUCUGGGAGUCCGCGGUGAAGAGCUUCAAGUUGCUGUUCAAACGUACGAUCGGGUUGUACACCCUGUUGUAUGACGAGUUCCAAACUGUGCUGGUUCAGAUCGAAGCGAUCCUCAACUCGCGACCGCUCACGCCGCUCAGCAACGACCCCGCAGACUUCGAAGCGCUCACCCCAGGACACUUCCUGAUCCAGCGUCCACUCACUGCGAUUCCAGAACCAAACCUCGACCACAUUCCCGAGAACAGACUGUCGGCCUGGCGAACCGUCCAGCGGUACACGCAGCAGCUCUGGAAAAAGUGGUCCAACCUCUACCUGUCGGACCUGCACAACCGCACGAAGUGGACAAAGCAAAAAGACAACGUUGCUGUCGGAACCAUGGUCCUGCUGAAGGACGAGAACCUCCCGCCGUUGAAGUGGCAGCUCGGACGCGUUUCCGAUAUCCACCCGGGAGCUGACGGCAAUAUCCGUGUCGUCACGGUGCGCACAAAGGACGGCAGCUAUCAGCGUGCGAUCUCUAAGAUCUGCAUCCUGCCGAUCCGUGACAACCUUUCUACCGCGCAAGGGGAGAACUAG